AUGGACCAUCCCGACCUGAGCUGCCCGGGCAGCAUUCAGGAAUCCCAGGAACAGAGCCGCGUAGUGAAUGGCCCUGUUCCUGUUCCAGAAGUUGUUGUGUCAUCACCAGCACAAGCCUCGGAUAGCACUGAAGACAACGACAUUGAAGUCGAUGUGAAUCAGGACGACGCCUGCUCGGUCCUCCAGCCGGCCAUCUCCCUGUCGGCGACUCGUCUUACGGCAUCAUGCACACCUGCUGCAGACAAGCUUGCCGCUCUGGCAAAGCAUGAUGCCAGGAAUGAGGCCGAGGCGAGCCCUCCAUCCAGCCCAGUAGGGAAACCCAACAGGUUCUCCUGGUCGGAUGUCUCGGGACGUCCAAAGCGGUCGUCAACUGUGCCCCUGCCGACAGGUCCAGCGAUCCCGAUCCCAGGGAAGCUUCAGCUCUCCUCAACCGCGGCCGAGCCGGGCCGGUUCAUGUCGUCCAUGUCGGCAGCCUUGCAGUCCCGGUCGAAGCAUAGGCGAACGCAGUCAGCUGGCGAGAGUGCAUUGAAGAGGUUGUCGAAGGCAUUGCCGUCGCUGUCAUUUCCUACGCAUUUGAAGCCGAGCAGCCCAACGUCGAAGUCCACUUCCUCUUCAUCGUUGUCAUUGAACAAUGCUUCGGGGCGCAAGAAUGCUCAGGAGUCGGAAGAGCAGGAGCAGGAGCCGAGUGGGACUCUGCACCGCUCCGCGUCGGACGAGUCGUUGGUGUAUCAGACCCUGUCAAGGGUUACGUCGUAUGGAGAGGAUGAGCGGUUUGCGCAUGUGAGGGAGCAAGUGAACGUGAGGGUGAAGGCAAUCAUGGAUACGUUUGAGGGAGCUUCGUUCCGGUUGCCUCAGAUGUCGAGUAUCCUCAACGCUCCCUUGAAGCGCGACUCCCAACCAGGAGUGCGCCGCGCAAGUUCCUUGCCAACUCCCUCCCGGACACCAAAAGGUACCCUCGACGAGGUCCUCGAGGACCUCACUGGUGACGUGGUCAUCUUAGGUGGCUACCGUGGUUCGAUCUUACGCUCAGCCAAACCUCCACAUCGCAGGCUCUGGGUUCCCGUGAAGGUCCAACUCGGCGUGCGCAAAGUCAAUCUUGAGGUCGGACUCGACGAUGUGGAUGAGGAGAACAUGACGCAACAUAUUAUUCCCGACGGCAUGCUGCAGCAUAUUGGGCCCGUCGAUAUUGCUAGGCGGUUGUUUAAGCGGCUCAGGGAGAGCCCGAAUGCAAAGGAGGGGAAGCUGAGGGUACAUGAUUAUGGGUAUGAUUGGCGGCUGAGCCCGCAUCGAUUAUCGAAGCAGCUUGUUGAGUUCUUGGAAAAGUUGCCGUGCAACUCGGAUCCGACGCUCCCUAAAGAGAAGAAGGGUGCUUUGGUGAUUGCGCACAGCUUGGGCGGCUUGAUCGUCCGGCACGCGGUCAACCAGAGGCCGGAGCUGUUUUCAGGUGUUGUGUACGCCGGCACGCCGCAGCGGUGUAUUAACAUCCUGGGCCCGCUGCGUAACGGGGAUCCAGUGCUGCUGAAUGAGAAGCUGCUGACGGCGCAGGUGAACUUUUCGUUGCGCACGACGUUUGUCUUCCUCCCUGAAGACGGGUUCUGCUUCGUGGAUAAGCACACCAAGGAAGAGUAUCGGGUCGACUUUUACAACGUGGACGAUUGGAUCCGGUAUAGGUUCUGUCCUUGCGUGUCAGAUCCGCCGCUGCCGCCACUGUCCAGGAGCACGACCCUGGGGUCGCUAUUGAGUUUGUCGGAUUCGUUGUCAAGCUUGCCGCUGAGGAAGAAUGGAGGUACCAACAGCCACGGCAAGCACAAAUCUGACUCUCACCACAAAUCCAGCUCCCGGCCUACCUCGAUGAUAUUCGAUUCCAACCACAACCACACCACGUCCAGCAGCAACCAUAGUGGCAAGUCUCCCUCCCGCGAGCAAGCCCUGGAUUAUCUGCGCCGGGUACUCUCCCGGACGCGCCAAUUCCGCCAAGAACUCACUCAUAACUCUUCCCACCAAUCCGCCAAUCUCUAUCCUCCACACGCAGUCAUUUAUUCAAAAUCCCUUCCGACAACCUACGCAGCCCAGGUCGCCUCUCGCGAAGCCAUCGCUCACGCCGAUGCGUACGAUGAUCUGCUUUUUAAGUCAGGAGAUGGAGUUGUGUUGGCUAAAGAGUCGAUGCUGCCCGAGGGGUAUAAGCUUGCCAAGGGUGGCAAGGUACAAACGGAUAGGGGGCAUAUUGGGUUGUUGGGGGAUUUAGAGGCUGUGGGCUGGGCGCUGAAGGCUGUGGUUAGGGGGAGGAAGAUGGGCGUUGGGCUGGGGUUGGAUGGUGUGAAGGCUGUAAAUGGGGCGUAA